AGCCGCAAUUGUAUCUGUUUUCCUUGUCUGUUUUGACACCGAGAACAAUAUAAUCGUCUUGUUUCCAUUGAAGUUUCCACGAAAUUUGCAUAUUGCAGUCAAGCAGAAUGACCGAUCUGCAUGUGCUUUUUGGGUCCAUCAGUCUGGUUCCAGAUAGAUCGCGUCCACGGAACCUGAAAGCAUCAGUUUUGUACUCUCCACCCAAUUUCUUCGCUACUCUAUUAUUGCAGGGGCAUAGAACACUGUCAGCACAAACCAUUCCUUUCUACCAUCCCCAUUUCAGCUCCUCAACUGAGGACAUCACAACUCGAGUACUCGAUCCAGCAACCAAGAACACAGCAAGCAAACAGCUCGUUUGCAGGGAGCAUCAAGAAAUCUGUCCCCUGGUACUCUUCUACAACUCUGGUAGCCACAGCACCUGCCCGGCAGUCCAGCAGCCAUCGAAGGUCUCUGACAGCCUCAUGGCUGAUCUGUCCCUGCGUAAGCGUAAGUGAAGUAUUCCUCCAGUCAUCCUCUCGUCGUUUACAAAAUGGAGGGACCAGUUGUGAGUGCUUCAACUGGGGUGAUGAACUCCCUGCUCGCCAAGCUCUCUGCGCUGGUUGAGGGGCAGUACGGGCUCCUUGAAGGUACGAAGUGCGAUAUCACUUUCCUAAGGAAUGAGCUUAGCAGCAUGACUGCCCUGCUCGAGAAACUCGCAACAGCGGAGAAGCUUGACACGCAGGUCAAGGUUUGGAGGGACAACAUACGCGAGCUGAGCUACGAUAUUGAGGACUGCAUUGACAUCUUCAUGCAUAAGCUGAAUCGCGGUGACCCUCAGGCAGGUUUUGCAAAGAACAUAAUUGAUCAGAUUAAGAAGCUAUGGUCACGCUACCAGAUUGCAAACCAGAUUCAAGAGCUCAAGGCUCGUGUGAUUGAGGAGAGCGAGCGGUGGCUGAGGUACAAGUGCGAUGAAUCUAUUGCCGUUGCAGGAAAGAUUGAGAUUGACCCGCGAUUGCCGGCGCUCUAUGUGGAAGCAGAGAAACUUGUUGGUAUCAAUGGUCCUAUACAGGUCAUCGAAUGGUUGAUGAAGGAUGACUCAACACAGCAACUCAAAGUGGUGUCUAUUGUGGGGUUUGGAGGACUCGGAAAAACAACUCUUGCGAACCAAGUGUAUAACAAGAUCAAAGGCCAAUUUGACUGCACAGCUUUUGUUCCAGUUUCGCGGAGUCCUGUCAUAAAGAAGAUAUUGCGUGAUCUGCUUGCAGAACUAGGGAGUAAGACUAGUGCGUCAGAUGAUGAGCGGCAACUCAUAAAUGAGCUCAGAGAAUACCUGCAAGACAAAAGGUACUUAAUCAUUGUUGAUGAUAUUUGGAGCACAACCGCAUGGGAAUUUGUGAAGUCUGCUUUACCCGAGAAUAACUUGCACAGUAGAAUAAUUACUACUACAAGACAUUCUGAUGUAGCCAAAUCAUGCUGCUCAAGUUAUGAAGGAUAUAUUCACAACAUUCAACCUCUAAGUGACCAGGACUCCACAAUGUUGUUUUAUAAAAGAGUCUUUCAAAGUCAGCGCCCCUGCCCACCUCACUUAGAAGAAGUUUCUCUGGCAAUCAUACAAAAAUGUCAUGGUUUGCCGCUAGCUAUUAAUACAGUAGCUAGUUUGCUAGCUAACAAAUCUGAAGCAAUAGACCAAUGGGAGCAAGUAAGAGAUUCCAUGGUUUCUGGACUAAAUUCACUUGUUCGGGACAUACUUUUGCUUAGCUAUUAUGAUCUUCCUUAUCAUCUGAAGUCCUGCUUCUUAUAUCUUUCUAUAUUUCCAGAAGAUUGCAAGAUUAAAAGGGAUAAGUUAAUAUGGAGAUGGAUAGCUGAGGGUUUUAUCCCAGAUGUAAUGGGGCAAACAUUGGAUCAAACAGGAGAUAACUACUUUAAUGAUCUUAUCAACAGGAGCUUGAUACAACCUAUUGAUAUAGCCUACGAUGGUAUGGCCAGAGCCUGCCGGAUCCAUGAUAUGGUGCUUGAUCUUAUCAUCUCACUGUGCACAGAGCAGAACUUUGUCACAAUAGUAGAUGGACAAGUCUAUAAAUGUUCUACUAACAAGAUUCGACGGCUCUCUCUUCUAUCCGGUUUUUUGGAAAAUGAUGUGCUGCAGAAUAUUAUGAACAAGUGUGCACAUGUUCGUUCUCUUAUUAGGUUCCGCGUGGUAGAUAAGGAAGCACCUCAUCUGCCAAUAUUUCAUUCUUUAAGAGUAUUGGUUUUACGAUGUACUUGUGACCUGGGAAACCAACAUAUUAAAUAUAUUGGAAGCUCUUUGCAAUUGAAGUAUUUGGAAAUAGGUUGUCCUAGUAUUACUGAGCUUCCCAAUAGAAUUGGAGAUCUGCAGUAUUUACAAACAUUGGACAUACAUGGCAGCAAAAUUAGAAAAUUACCACCAACCAUAGGUAAUUUGAAAAAUUUGGUCCGCCUACUUGUUGAUUUUCAUUUAGAAUUGCCGGAUGAGAUUGGAGAUCUGCAAGCGUUACACAUGCUGUCACAUGCUUACUCCUAUGACUCCCUGAAAUUUUGGGAGCAGCUCAGACGACUGACCAACCUAAGGGUCCUUCUGAUAAGACUACAUGACAGCAAUGAACUUGAUUAUCAUGGCAAUGGGAAGUACCAGCAAGCUUUGGAGUCAUCCCUCACUGUAUUGGGUAAAUGUGGUCUUCAGUCACUCGAGAUUGACAGUAAUGAUUACUCCACAAAUAAAUUGAUGGAUCUAUUGUGCUACAAUGCUCCAUUUCUCCGGAAGCUGUGUAAUCAGAGUUAUAUCAGUAGGCUUCCGCAUGGAAUGCAAUCUCUUGUGAAUCUUGCCCACCUUGACAUCCGUAUUACUCGCAUUAAACAUGAAGACCUCUGCAUCCUUGGUGCCAUUCCAACCCUGCUCUAUGCCAUGCUGACUUCAUUGGAAGCACCUACUGAAAGGCUUAGUAUUGGUCGCCAACAGUUCUAUAACCUUAGGGAGUUUAUUUUCAGGUCCUACGGGGAAGGUGGGCUGAGGAUGGUGACCGAACAGGAAGCAAUGCCAAAGGUCAGAAGUUUACAUCUUAGUUUUAGAGCAAAGGAAACAGAAUCCAAGAUAGGUUUUGAGUUCCGCUUUGUGCACCUUACGAAUCUGGAGCACCUCCGUGCCACGAUCGAUUGUUAUAUGGCCACUAGAAGCAGAGUGGAGGCUGCAGAAGCUGCCAUCAGGAACACAGCCAGCAUCCAUCCGGGACAUCCUGCACUACAAAUUGAGAGGUGCAGGGAGUACAAAACGGUGGAGGAUGAGAACGCCAAGGAAAUGAGGCUGCAAGACGAUAUAAUAUACAAGGAGGUGGUUCGUCAAGAGCACGCACGAAAACGCAAGUGUUGUGAGGACCUACUGCCAUACUAGUGCACUACUGUAUUAAACAAGAAACUUAGUCUACUGUUUCAUCACGUCUUGUUCCAUUUCCUCACUCUGUUUCUGUGUGUGCGCGUGUGUGUGUGUAUGCUUUUGAGCUGGAUGAUCAACAAUUCUAUUGUCGACCGCCAAGGUGCAUCACCAUGCUAUGCUUUGGGUAAUCGAUGAUCAUGUUUGGAACAUUCAGAACACACAGAUUCAUCUUGCAGCUAUUUGCAGUUGCACUUAAUUUUCCUU